AUGAGGAAGGAAUAUAUAUCGAACAAAAAGGUUUAUGAGCUGCUAUCACAAGGAACGUAUGAGGGAUAUGAAGAAGAAAUAAAAAUAAUUUUUGAAACACGAUAUAUGAACAUCUUAAGUUAUUUAUGUCCACCUAAUAAGAGUAGUUUCGAAGACGAGAUAAUAUCAUUAAAAAUACAGAAAUAUAUAAAUGAAUAUUUAAGUUUUAGUGAUUCGACAUCUUAUUUUUUUGGUUUUUCAAAAGAGUUAAUUUUUCAUUGUUUAAAGAUAUAUUUUGCAGACAUAAAAUAUGAGGAGGUGGAUGUUAUGAAAUCAUGUAAGCAUGUGAGUAUGAUGGAUGGUGAGGACACAUAUAAUAAUAAUAAUAAUAAUGAUAAAUAUAAUAUUGAGAGUGAUGAAGAGUUAAUAGAAAGAAUAAAAAAGAAUGCAGAUGUUUUGAAUAUGGAGAAACUGCAUUUAUUAUACUGUGAUGAAUAUUUUUAUAUAUUUAAGAAUAUAUUAUAUGUAUUAAAAAGAUGUGAAGUGUUUUAUUUUUAUACAAAUUAUAAAGUUGAAGACUUUUCCUAUGAAAAAAAUUUUUUAUAUGAUAUAUUUUGUAUUAUAGAAAAAAAAAUUAAUAUUCAGGAUUUAAUUCAAAUAUAUUAUGAUACAUAUAAAGAUACAAAUAAUUAUUUUGAUUUAUUAAAAAAUAUGGAUAUAGAAAAUAUAGUAUGGAUAUAUAAAUAUAUUUUAUUAUUUUUAAAUAUACAAAUAUAUUGUAUUAAUAUAUUUUUGUAUUUACAAUUACGAUUAAAUAUAUUAUCACAAAGUAAUAUAAAAUCAUAUUUAAAUAUUUUUUUAACUUUCCCAAAAUUAAGUUUAUCGAAUACAUAUAUGAAUGAGGAUAUAAUAACGAGUACAUUACAACAAAAAGAAUAUUCUGUAAUUUUUUUUAUAUGUUCUAUAUGUAAUAUAAUUACUUAUGAAGAUAUACAGAAAUAUGUUAAUUGUUGUUUAUCUAUAAACUUAUUUAAAUUAUUUUUUUUCUUUAAAAAAAACUACGAUACAAAUGAUAAUCGUAAUUAUUAUGAACAUAAUAUAAAAAUGUUGUCUGGAUCUUUACAUUAUUUUCUGGAUAUUUUAAAAAAUUUUAUUUUUAUUAAUGAUAAUUUUGUUUAUAAAAGGAUAUUAAUUCAAAUAUUGGAGAAUUCGUUAUAUACCUAUUCAAUCCAACCCGUAGAUUUCCACAACACCUUAUUUGACAGUAUGGGUUUUAGCACUCCUCACUUGAAAAAUGAAAAUGAGAGAUUAUAUCGAAGAAAUGUAGAACUUAAUGAUGAGCAUAUAUACAACAAGAAUCAUAAUAUCAAGAAUGUGAACCAUGGGGGUGAUGAAUGUGAUGGGAAUGAACAUGAACAUGAACAUGAACAUGGUGAUAAUGUUAGUUACUUUCAAACACCUAAUACCACGAACGAUUAUAAGAAGGAACUUCAAAAUGAAGAAUAUAAUUUAGAUGCUUCAAAUUUAGAUAACAUGUUUGAAGAUGAGGAUAGAUACAAGACGAAUCAAGACGUAAAUAUAAAUAUUUCUCUUGUUAAAAAUAUGAAAAAACAUAUUCAACAGAAAGAAUUUUUUAAAAGGAAUAUUAAUAAGAAUCUUUUUUUAAAUGUAUGUAUAUUACUUUUUAAAAAACAGAAUUUUCUUUUAUAUACUCAUGAUAUAAAAAAAGAAUAUAAAAAUAUAAAUACAUGUCUUGAAUAUUUACAAAACGAUAAUUACCAAUAUGACAUAUAUUCUUUGAAAUAUUUUUUACAUAAUUAUGAUUAUAAAGAAACAGAAAUUAUUACUAAUUUUAAAGAAAAGAAAAAAAGUUUAUGUCCAUUCAUAUCAGUCGAAAGCAAAAAUAUAUUGUUAGAAAUAUCAUCUCUUUUUUUUUCUUUUGAUUAUUUAAAAGCUUAUACUGAAGAGAAUAAUAUUUAUGGUGAUAAUAAUAAAAAAAAUGUAAAAAUUAAUAAUAUUUAUGAUAUUAUAGAUAAGGAGAAGAAGAAAAAUGAAAGUACGAAAGAAAUAAAGAUAGAAAGGAAGAAAAAAAAAAAUAAAGAAAGAAAGAAAGAAAAAAAUUUUAUAGAUAAUACCAUAUUACAUCCAGUUAUUUUAUACAACGUAAAUAGAUUAUUGUUGGAUUUUUUUUAUGAUAAGAUAAGUAAAGCAUCUAUACAAACUUUAAUAAUAUUUAACCACAAUUUAUUAUCAAUAUAUAGAAUAUUAAAAACAUUAAUAGGUACGAAUACAAAUUUAAUAAAUUUUAAUGAAGUUACAAAAAUUGUUGAGAAGUUAUCACAAGAAGAAGGAAAUAGUACAAAGAGAAACCAUAAGAAUAUACAUAUGGUUAUAUUAGAAGAUACAUUAUAUUAUAAAAUAAUAUAUAUAUUAAGAAAAAAAAAUAUAAAUAAAGAUACAAUAUAUAUAACAUAUAUAGAAUAUUAUUAUAUUCUCUUAGAUUAUUUUUGUAAAUAUUUUUAUAAUAAUAUGGAUAAUUACUUUAAAUAUAAUUAUAUGAAAAAAAGUACUGUAAGAAAAAAAUAUGUUAAAAAUAAAAAUAUAGGUGACACAAAAGGGCAUAAUAAAAAUAGUAAUAAUAAUAUAUAUGGUGAUAAUAAUAUAUAUGGUGAUGAUGAUGAUAAUAAUAUAUCUUGUCAUGAUGAUGAUGAUAAUAUAUUUAAAUUUUUUGAAAAGAUAGUUAUAUUUUUUUGUAACAUUUUACAAAUAAAUAAAUGCUUUCAUAUACUUAUAGAAAUAAAAUUAAAUUAUUAUUUUAAGAUUCCAUAUGAUAUAAAGAAUACAUUUAUUAAUUUAUUUACAUAUUUAUUUUUUUUUUCUUUAAAAGUUCAAGAAUUCUCAAGGUUUCAAAUUAUGAUAAUACGAUGUUUAUCUUUUUUAUUAAAAAAAAAAAAUAUUAAUAAAUUGAAUGCUUAUAUUUUUCAGUUAUUUUCCUAUCUAGAAAAUGACGAGAUAAAUAUAAAUGAAAAAGGUUUGGUACAUAGGAAGAGUUUAAAAUAUCAUAGAAAUAAUGAAGAAGAGUAUUCACAUAAUAACACAACUAAUGAUAAUAGUGUUAGUAACUUAUAUCGUGAUAUAGAGAAUGAACAUGAUGAAAAUCAUAUCGAAAGAAGACAAGACAGAAAUGUAUUUUCUUCUAAUAUGAAUGAUGAUAAAAAAUAUAACAAUCUAUCUGAUUUUAAAUACACAAAAGAAAAUAUGGAUAUAAAAGAAAACUUUAGGAUUGACAUAUCGUUUUUGAAAAUAUUUUUUUUGCUUAAUGAUGUAAGACGAAUAAAUUUGAAUGAAUCUAAUGAAAGGAAGGAUAAGUUGGAGAGUAAAUCAAAGAGGCGAAUACAAAAAUUAGAUGUUGAUAGGUAUACAUAUAAUAAAAACGAUAAUAAUAAAUAUAAUGAUGGGAAUACAUUUUUGUCUUCACAAGAUGAAGAGAAAUCAAAGUCGUUUGAUUCUAGUGAUUCAUGUUGGGACGACGAAAAGGAAUCAUCAAAAGGGUUGUAUGGAAAUGAUUUUUUUAAUUCAAGUGAUAAUAAUAAUAAUAAUAAUAGUAAUAGUCGUAGUAGUAGUAUUAGUAGUAGUAAUUAUAGUAGUGAUGAAGUAGAUGCUUAUGAUUAUAAGAACUAUUGUGAAUAUAAAGAUAGUAAUAAAUUUGGUGUUGUAGUAAAUUAUUUUUAUGCACAUGUUCCAAGUUUUGAAAAAUGUUACAAUAUAAAUUAUGUAUUAGAAGAGAUAAGCUUUGAUGAUAUAUUUUUAAUAAGUAUUAUGGAUUUAUGGGAAACAAAUAAUAAUAAUAAUUUAUUAAAUUUUAUUAAUGAUUUGAUAAAAAUUUAUGAAGAAGAAAAAAAGAAGAAAAUCUAUAUUUGUACUAGUUUCCUUUUAAAAAUAUUUAAAAGGAUUAUUAAAAAGAAAAGUAAUUCCUAUUUUUUAUUUAAUAUUUAUAAAGCUUUUGAAAAUGAAAUAAAAUUAAUAUUAGACAGUAUUAAUAUUUUAAUUAAAAAAUGGGUUGUAUGGACUUUUAGAAAUUGUGAUAAUAUAUUUAAUAGAGAAAAAAAUAUUAAUAUUAAAAAGUUAGUUAAAUUAUUUUUUAUUUCAUUUUAUAAAUAUUUAAAAAAUUAUUUUUUACAAAUUUAUUAUUAUUUUUAUUAUAAUAAUAAUAAUCAAAUAUAUAAUAAAAAGAAUUACAAUUUUGAUAAUUUCUUUUUUUCUAUUUUUUCAAAAUAUAUUAAUAAAAUAUUUGUAGAAAUAUAUUCUUCUUCGACCUCUUUGACUUCUUCGAAUUCUUCUUUUGUUUUUAAUCUAUCCAAAUUUUAUAUGAUCAAGAUGUGUAUAUCUAUUACUAAUAAUAUGAUUGGUGUUGUGAAAUAUAUAAACUUGGAGAGAGUUAAGCAAGUUUUUUAUGAGCAUAAUAUUAUGAUAGAUGUCUAUAUGAAGCGUCAACUUCAUCAGGAUAGGGAUGUGUACUAUGGACGUGAUAAUUCUUAUAAGAACAUGUAUCAAGAGAUUAUAAAACGUUACAGAGGAGACGAAAAAGAUACGUUAGAUUUUAUAAACAAAGAAUCGGUUCACCAAAAUAUGAAUGAAGAUGAUAUAGAUGAUUCUAUAAAUAGUUUAGAUGUAUUUAACGAAAUUAUGAGAAAUAUUAUUAUUAAUCAUAAUAGUUUAAUUAAAGAUCAUAACGAUAUGUGUACAAAAAAAAAAAGAAUUAAUAUUUUUCAAAUAUCUCCUCCUGCGACAUCUGAACAACUUGUGAAUAAUCACUACACAAUGAAUUAUCUGACAGAUGUAAUGUUGUUACAAAGGGAUUAUUUAUAUAAUAUUGAUAAUAAUAUGAAUGAACACCAGCAACAUGUUUUUAAUAAACAAUUUGAUAAUAAUAAUAAUAAUAAUAAUAAUAAUAAUAAUAAUAAUUUUAUGUUAAAUUAUUUUAAUUACAUCCCAGAGAAUAACAAUAAUAAUUAUCGCAUGGAAAUUAAAAAAAGAGACCCUCCUGAAUCGUACCAUAAUAAUUAUUAUAUGUUUAAUAAUAUUAUAAAUGAAGAAGAAAAUUUACUAUUACAAAAUGAUAACAUGUCAUCAAGCAUCUAUAUUCAUAAGGGAUUAAUGAAGGAUACUAAAGAAAUGGAACCUUUAUUUAAUAAAACACCAGAUAUAAAAAUGUAUAAUGAAGAACAAAAAAAUAGUGAACUAAUAUUAUAUCCAUAUAAUAAUAUGAUACAAAAUAAUAUUAUUUUCGUGAAAUUCUUUCUAUAUACACAAAAUAUGUUACAAAUUAUAUUUCAAAAUAAUUAUAUAUUUUUUUUGAGUGAUUUUCUAUUUAUAAACUAUAAAAAGAAAGAAUACAUGGAGGAAAAGAAAAAUGGAAAUCAAAAUGUUAUAAAUAUAAAGGAUGGAGAUAAAAAUAUUAUAAAUAUAAACGAUGCAGAUAAAAAUAUUAUAAAUAUGAACGAUGCAGAUAAAAAUAUUACAAAUAUAAAGGAUGGAGAUAAAAAUAUUAUAAAUAUAAAGGAUGGAGAUAAAAAUAUUAUAAAUAUAAAGGAUGGAGAUAAAAAUAUUACAAAUAUAAAGGAUGGAGAUAAAAAUAUUAUAAAUAUAAAGGAUGGAGAUAAAAAUAUUAUAAAUACGAAAAAAAUAGAUAAGAAAAAUUAUUUAACUAUACUAAUGUAUAAUUCACAAGAAUGUUCCUUUUAUUAUUCCAUAUUUAAUAGUUUAAUAAAUGAUUAUAAUUUCUUAUAUUAUAGUAAAAAAUAUGAUCCUGAUUUAUUAAACUCUUUUCUAAUGAACACACAUAAAAAAAAUAAAGGAUAUUCAAAAUUAUAUAAACAAAUUGUUAAUAAAAUUAUAUAUAUGUAUUCCUUACUUUUGAAUAUAUAUGCCAACUUUUAUUUUAUUAAAGAAAUACAUGAUAUAGCAACCAAUAUAUCGAAUCAAAUUUUUUCCCUUUUCGAUACGUCUCAUUUUUUGUUGAGCCUCUUUCCAAAAAAUUUAUAUAACAUGCUUGAAGGGAAUAAUGCUGUGAGCAAAUCCCUAAAUAACGACAUUUUGUACAAGAAAAAAAAAGGAGAACAUGUUAGUAGAGAGAAUUUAAGCUUAUCCCUACUUUCGUUCAUUUUAGAGAAUUAUAAAAGUAGCUGUUCUUUAUAUGAGAGUUUAAAUACAUUUUUUAAAAUAAACAAUUUUAAUAAUAUAUAUUUUCUGUGUAAAUAUAGUAGUGGAUAUUUACCUUUGGAAAGGAUCAUAAAACUUUUUAUGGACAUUAUAUUUUAUCACUUUAUUAAAAUUAUAAAUAUAAAUGAAAACAUAAAUGAUUAUGAAUUUUUGGAAGUAUUAGAAUAUAAUAGUAAUAAAUGUUAUGAGCUUUUAAGGUUUCUAUUUUUUUUUAUUAAGCAAAAUGAUUUAAUAACAAUAAAUAUAUAUAUAUAUAUAUUUGAUAUAAUCAUGUAUAUUUUGGAACAGUAUAUAGUACAUGUUAAUUAUUAUGUAUACAAGGGUAAAGCUUGGAAUGUAUUUUUUAAUAAGUUGAAAAUAUUGAAUUUAAGUCUUCAUUUUGUAAACUCUAUAUAUUUUAAUAUAUUUUCUGACGAUAUAAAUGCAGAGUUCAAAAGAGAAAAUUUUAAAAAUGUUAAUAAUAAAAAUAAUCAUAAUAAUAUAAAUAAUCAUAAUAAUAAAAAUAAUCAUAAUAAUAAAAAUAAUCAUAAUAAUAUAAAUAAUGAUAAUAAUAAAAAUAAUCAUAAUAAUAUAAAUAAUCAUAAUAAUAUAAAUAAUGAUAAAACCCAAACCGUUGAUGAACAGAGAAGGUCCCGAUUAUGGAAUAUUGUAGAAUGCUUAUUUUAUAAUGUUAUAAACAAAUUACAUGUAAAUUCAAUAAAUUGUUUAAAAAAAAAUAAAUUAGGAUCAUAUAAGCGUGAGGAAGAGUUUCCAAAAGAAUUUAAUUGUAAAAGAUAUGUUUUAAAUUAUAAUAAAGAUUUUAAAAAAGAAAUAUAUUAUUAUUUAUACAAUUUAAAUAUAGCUAGUGAAAUAUUUGAAUUAAUUAUUAAAGCAAUAUAUAUUAAUGAAACGAAAAUAUAUCCUUUAAUCAUUAAUAUUUGUUAUGAUAGAAAUAUAAGUAAUAUAUUUUUUAAUAUUGAUUAUGAUAACUUAAAUACUAUUCUAGAAAAAUAUACACAUUUACAUAAAAAGAAAAAGGAUCAUAUUAAAAAUUUAAAAUAUUUAUUAUGUAAAAAUAAAUCUAUACAUAUGCAUAAUAAAUAUAUCUUAUAUAUAGAUGAUGAUCAUCUUAUAAAUAAUAUGUUACAUUUAUUAAGAAGAAAAAAUAUAUAUUACAAAUAUGUUCUUAAUAUUAAUGAAUAUAAUAACUUCUUAGAUAAGCACAAAUGCAAAAGAAAAAGGAAAUUUAUAAAUUAUAAUAAUAUCCAAAGUAGUUAUAAUAAUAAUAAUAAUUAUAUAUAUAAUACAAAUAAUUUUUAUGAAUAUCAUGAUUAUAUUGCUAUAAAAAAUAUUCUACAAAAAAAAAUUGAAUUAUUAGAUGAUGAUUAUAUUUGUUCAAGGAUUUUCGAUACACAAUCGGAGAAAACGUAUGGAGAAAAAAACUAUUUAUUUGAUGUAAAGAAUUAUAUUUAUAAUAUGAAUUUUAUAAAUAAUAAUUAUCAAGAGAAUUCUUAUAUAAAUGAUUUUAUUAACAGCAAAAAAAAAAUGUUUACAUUACAAUUAUUAGAAUAUGAUAAACAUACUAAUUAUAAUAGUUUAUUUAUGGAUUGUGUACAGAACCAUCAUAUCAUAACAAAUCAUAAUAUAAAAAAUAUGAAUAGUAUAAAUAAUAUUAAUCAUCAUAUGAAUACAAAUAAUAAUUAUAAUUGUUUUAAUUUACAUGAUAAUAAAAAAAUAUAUUCAUAUAAUGAAAAUUAUAAAUCCGAUGAAAUCAUGCAAAAAAAAAUUGAUACGAGUAUUUGGAAAAAUAUCGAUUCGAUUUUCCCAGAAACAUUUAUAGAUUCUGAUGAACAACAUGCAUGUAAUUUUGAUCCCAUAGAUUCUUUAAAUUUGGGUUCUUCUAUAUCUAAUAAUGAAAAAAAAAAAAAAUAUAUUCAAAUAAAUAACCCCGUGAAAAAGGAAUGUCUGUUGUUGAAUAUAAAUUAUGAUAAGCAUGAUAACAUUAUUUAUAAUAAAUAUGAUCAUAUCUUUCAUUAUGAUGAAUUACCUGAUAUGAAUAAUAAUGAUAAUAAUAAUAAUAAUAAUAAUAAUAAUAAUAAUAAUAAUACUAGUGUUAUUAAAGAUGUUAAGGAUAUAUAUGAAAUACGAAUGAACAAGAAUACAAAGAGGAAUAAAGAAAAGAAAGAAAAAAGAAAGUAUAUUUUUCUAAAUAAUUUUAAGAAUAAUAAAGAGAAAAAGAUGAAAAAUAAUCACAAAAGAGUAUAUAGUAAUAAUAAUAAUAAUAAUAAUAAUAUGAAUAAUAUGAAUAAUAUUAUGGGGGAAGAAUUUUAUAACGAAUUUUAUUUAGAUAACUUUAAAAAUGAAAUUAAAUGCAUGAAAUAUAUAAACCUUACACAAAGUUUAUAUGAUGUAAAAUACAGAUUAUUGUUAUUGUUUUAUAAGUUUAUAAUAAUACUUAAACAUAAAGAAUUAUUACAGAAUGAGAAUUAUAUAAAAGAAGAAAAAGAAUGUUUAAAGAAACAUCAUAUAAAAAAGAAUAUACCUUUUCUUUUUUUUAUAUAUGAAUUAAUGGUAACUUUUUUUAAUACAGCGGAAAAUAUAAAUAAGAAUACGUACUAUUAUGUAUUAAUAAUAAAUAUUCUUGUGAAUUUAUUUUUAUUUAUAAAUAAAAGAGAUUAUGAUGAUGAAACUUAUAUGAGUAAUAUAAAUAAUGAAAAUAACAAAAAAAAUAAAAAUAAUUUAGUUGAAGAUAAAAAUGAGAUAUAUAAUACCAAUAUAAAGUCUUUAAAGAAUGAUAAAGAAUAUAUAGAUAAUCAUUCUAAUUAUGCUAUGUUUUAUUGUGAUUUGUUUUGUGAUGAUUUUUUAUUAUCUAGUGGAAAAAAAAAUAAGGAAAAUGUUGUAUUUCAUACAUUACAUAAUAUGUCAGAUAAAGAAAUGUCUAAAUAUGAUUUGAUAGGUAAGAAUAGAUAUAUAGAAAAUUAUAUAAACAACAUAAUAUUAUUAGAAAAGAAAAAUAAAAUAAAUAACUUUAGUGUUGUAAAUAUGAAUAAGAAAAUGGAUAAUAAUAUAUUAAAUACAUUUAUAAAUAGAAUAGAUGAAACAAGUGAUAAUAUAAAAAAGAACAAAUUAUAUAUUAGACGUUAUUAUUUAAAAAAAUCAAUAAAAUAUAAUAACCAUUUAUAUAAUAUGCCUAUAUUUUUAUCCUUAUUUCUUAGAUGUGUUACUAUACAUUUACAUUAUUUUAAAUUUUAUGAUAGUUAUAUAUAUUUUUUAAAACAUUAUAAUAUGUUACAUAUACCACAUGCCGUUCUUAAACAAUUAUAUUCAACAGAUCAUUUUAAUAUAAAUCUUUUUGUUAAUAUGUUAGAAUUGUUUUAUGUCUUUAUACAAAUUUAUAAUAAUUAUUUCGUAAGCCUUUGUGACAUAUCGAGUUGUAACAAUAAGCAUCUCCAACGAGACGAAAGAUGUUUAAAUAAUAAUAAUAAAAAUAAAUGUGAAGAUAAUGAAAAAAUAUAUUGUAGUAAUAAUAAUGAUGAUGAAUAUGAUGAGAAUCAUGUAUCUGGUACAUACAAAGAAAAUAAUAUUAAUAAUAAUAAAAUAAAUGGAAAAGGAGAUAUGUAUCAUAUUGAUAAUAUAAGUGUAUAUCCAUUAAACGAAAAAUUCAUAAGUAUUUAUUUAAAUACAUUAAAAGAAAUAUUGAAAGAAUGUUAUGAAUGUCAUGUAGGGCAUAUGAAAAAUAAUGAAAAUAUGGAGAAAUCAUUUUUUAUGGAACAUUUAUUAUUAUAUUUUUUAUAUAAUAGAAUUAAUACAAUAUAUGAAUUGUUUUAUAAUUUUUAUUUUACGUAUUUAACAAAAAAACAAAAUCAUAAUGAUAUAUUAUUAGAUAUUGUUAAUGAACAUAUAUAUAAUAUUAUAGGAAAUAAAAUAUAUGAUCAAAUAAAUAAAAUAAAUAAUUUUCUAGAUCAUAAACAAUAUUAUUAUUUCUAUAUUCAUACUUUGACAUUUAUAACAUUAAAUAAACAAAUAUGUAUAUAUAUAAUGAAGAAAAAAAUUUUAAACAAACUUAUUUAUAUACCUUUUAUAUAUCAUUCAUUGUUUGAUAAAAAUAAAAAUUUCACAUCGAUAUACCAAUUAAAUAAUGAUCAAUAUAUAAGAAAUAAAGAUCAUAUAAUAUUUUGUUCAUUAAUUGUAUUUAUUAUAAAGCUAUUAUAUGUUUUCGUAAAAAAUUGUAAACAGAAAAAUGUUCAUUUUAAUAACCAUGAAAAUGUUUAUAACCAUGUGGGACAUGUAUUUGAUUCAUCCUUUAUAUCGGAAAAUCCAUAUUAUCAUGUAACCAAGCAUCUAGAUUAUUAUAAUGAUCAUACGUUUAUGGAGUCAAUGAAAGUUGCAACCAAUAGAAUUUAUGAAAAUCCAUACUAUAGGAAUUAUAAUAAAGAACCACACACUUCAAAUGAACACAAAAUUGUAAAUAGUAAUAUGGAUAUUAACAAUAGGAAUCAUUUUUUAAGAACUAAUGACGAAAAUGUAAAAAAAAAUACAAAUAUAAAUACAUAUACAUAUACAAAAACAAAUACAAAUUCUGAUACAAAUACAAAUACAAAUUGCGAUACAGACAAUUAUAAUAAUAAUAAUAAUAAUGAUAAUAAUAAUGAUAAUUCUCAUAAAUAUAAAGGAACCUAUAAAAUUUAUCGUAUUCAUGAUGAGGAAGAUAUUAUACAAGAUAAUAAUUAUACAAACGAUGAUUAUGUUAAUACUAAUUAUAAUUUUCAUCAAUAUAAUAAUUAUCAAAACGGAUCCAAGGAUAAUAGCCAUAAUUAUACUAGUUCUCGUGAUGACAAUUCAAAUAAUCCAUUUAUAUCUUUAGACCAAGAAAAUAUAUCCAAAAAAAGAAAUAAAAAUAAAGAAGAAGAAAAAAAAAAAAAAAAGAAAAAUGAAAUUCUACAUAAUGAAGUAGAAUAUUUCUUAGAAGCUAUUUUAAAUGUUGUAGGGAAAUUAUCAGAUCGUAUUAAUUUUAUAUUUUUAAAAAUCGAAAAAAUUAAUUGUCUAGCUAUUUUUGAAGAAUCUUAUCUAUAUGUUGAACUACUAACAAAAAUAUCUUAUUAUUGUAAUAUUUAUAAUAUAAAUAAUUUCUUAAUAUCUUUAAUGGAUAAAAGAGUUGAACAUCAUUUAUUUUAUAUAAAUAGAAUAUUAGAAAAAUUCAUUUACGAAAAAGAAGUUAUUAUAUAUCCAUAUAGUCCCUAUGAAAUUAAUGCAUCAACAAAUGUACCGAAUAAUCAAGAUAAAAAAAAUAAAAAAAAAUCAACAAAAAAUGAACUCACAUUAUUUACACAAAGAGUAUUAUAUAUAUGUUAUAAAUCUAUUCUUAAUUAUAACACUAUAUUGUUGAAUCUUAUACAAACUCCUUAUUUUAAAAACUCCCAUUUUGUUAUACAUCUAUAUAUUUUGAUCCUCAAAUCAACUAGACUGGUUACAAAUAUCAUUGAGCAUUUCGGAAAAAAAAAUACGACCCUCAUAAGAACGAUAAAAGCCAACGAUAACAAUUCAUAUGUACCAAUAUGCCUUGAUAUUUUAAAUACAGAAAAAGAAAAGAAAAAAGAAAAAAUACAUUACACCAGAGGCGUAGGGAAAUCCAAUCUUACGAAUUAUCUUAGUGACAGCAAUACACGUAGUGAAGAGUCCGCUUAUCCUGGAGAAAUUAUUCAAUACAAUAAAUCAAUUGAUGAAUAUAUAAAUACAAAAAGAGUUUAUAAAAAUGAUCACUUAUUUAAUUUCUUGCCAGAAAUUAUAACAUUAAAAACUUAUUAUAAUAUAUUAAAAGAAAUUUUAGAAAGAAGUGCAUUCUUAGGAGCAUUCGUCUUAGAUAAGCUGAAAAAUUCAGACGAAGAUUCAUGUUUAAAACAAAUACUUGUAAGCAAUAUUUUUUCUUAUUUAAUACAUAUUAAUGCAACCUUAUUACCAUCAAAUAUAUGUACAAAUAAUCUUAAAAAAAAAUGUACACUCAUAUAUAAUUAUGUUAUGAAUGUUCAUAAAAAGUGA